ACUCUCCGACCGUGAGGUUGUACUAAAAGAAAUCUCCUAGCAAAAUGCUUCAAGAUUAGUUAAGAAACCCAAUUUAUAGCAAUUAAAUGCAAUAAAAACCCUAGAAAACUGCAACAAAAUGUGGCACUGGAGUUUGUUGUGUGUUUUCCUACUGGUUCCGCUGGCAAAUUCCACGGCUCCAAUAAGUUUUGAGGCAAAUCCGGACACCAAACGUCUCUAUGAUGAUUUGUUGAGCAACUACAAUCGAUUGAUAAGACCCGUUGUGAACAACACGGAGACCCUGACGGUUUGGUUAGGUCUGAAAUUGUCUCAGCUGAUUGAGGUCAAUCUGAAGAACCAAGUGAUGACCACCAAUCUGUGGGUAAAGCAGCGCUGGUUCGACUACAAGUUACGCUGGGAUCCGGAGGAAUAUGGUGGAGUUGAGCAGCUCUAUGUACCAUCUGAACAUAUUUGGGUUCCGGACAUUGUGCUUUAUAACAACUGGGAUGGCAACUAUGAAGUAACCCUCAUGACCAAAGCCACUCUUAAGUACACUGGUGAAGUCUUUUGGGAGCCACCGGCUAUUUACAAGUCAUCCUGUGAAAUGAAUGUGGAAUACUUUCCUUACGACGAACAAAUCUGCUUUAUGAAAUUUGGAUCAUGGACUUACAACGGUGCUCAAGUGGAUCUGAAGCAUUUGGAUCAGGUUCCUGGCAGUAACCUUGUGCAAGUGGGCAUUGACCUCACCGAAUUUUAUUUAUCUGUGGAGUGGGACAUACUUGAAGUGCCCGCUACUAAAAAUGAGGAAUAUUACCCCGAUACAUUGGAACCGUUUUCAGGUAAGCUAAUCUUCGGUUUUUUCAAAAUAAUUAUUUAUAUAUAUUUUAUAAUUUUAGAUAUAACUUUCAAGUUGACUAUGAGACGUAAAACUUUAUUCUAUACUGUCAAUUUGAUUGUGCCUUGUGUGGCUUUAACAUUCCUCACGGUGUUGGUAUUUUAUUUGCCAAGCGAUUCGGGCGAAAAGGUUACGUUAUGUAUUUCAAUACUCGUGUCGUUGACCGUGUUUUUCCUGCUCUUGGCCGAAAUUAUCCCCCCAACCUCGUUGGCGGUGCCCCUGCUGGGCAAGUAUCUGCUCUUUACCAUGAUACUCGUCUCGCUGUCCGUCUGGACAACGGUCUGUGUGCUGAACAUCCACUUCAGAUCCCCCUCGACGCACAACAUGUCGCCGCUGGUGCGAAAGCUCUUCCUGCACUUCAUGCCCAAGCUGAUGAUGAUGCGGCGGACGCAGUACACCCUGCCCGACUACGACGACUCCACGCCGAGCAAUGGGUACACCAACGAGAUCGAUGUGCGUGACAGCAUCAGCGAUUUUCCCAGCGAGUUUAAGGACAGUCAGGAUGGCGGUUACGACAAUGGCAUGCAGAACUCUGUGGAUUCCGACAAUGUGAUACCGCGCAACUUAACACCCGAAGUGCUGCAGGCGUUGCGUGCGGUCAGAUUUAUUGCGCAGCAUAUCAAGGAUGCCGACAAGGAUAACGAGAUUGUGGAGGACUGGAAGUUCGUAUCGAUGGUGCUGGACCGCUUCUUCCUCUGGCUCUUCACGCUGUCCUGUGUGUUCGGGACCUUGGCCAUAAUAUGUCAGUCGCCGUCGCUAUAUGACACCCGGGCGCCCAUCGACCGCCAGCUGAGCGAGAUUCCUCUGCGCAAAAACAAUUUCAUGCUGCCGCCGGACAUUGUCCGUCAGGUCCUAACCUAAUUGGGGUCCCGAGGUCUUCCCGUCUGAGUUAACAAUGCUUCCGAGGCUCGCAACUGUUUUUAUGGAACGCAAUCAAAUUGGUUGUUUUCCGGGGAAAUAUUGCAACGAUUUAUGUUUAAGUCUUUAUCACCCUGCAAUACUGUAAAACCAAAUUAGCUAUAAAAAAA